AUGCCGUUCCCCCUGCGGACCCUGGAGCCCCUGAAGCUGUGCAGGUUGGAGGAGGCCGGCGGGGACGGCGCGGAACGGGGCGGCCCGGUUACGGGGGGAGAUCACGGCGGGACGGCGGAGGGGGGAGGCGGCGGCGGCGGAACCGGUGGACGGCGCCGCGGUUCGGUACCCCUUUUCGGGGCGCUGGAGCAGGUCAGUUCGUACGCCCUGGUGUCGCUGCUGAUGCAGCUCUCCGACCUCUCCCGUUGCGCCGGCGACAUCUUCGGCGGGAUCCUCAGCGAGGCGGAUUCCCUCUGCCACCGCAACGCCCGGCUCCAGCGACGACUGGGAGCCCUGGAAGCGCUUCUCGCCCGCCUCGACCACCGCAAAGUCAAGAUCCCCGUUUCCAACCUAGAUGAAGAGAGUAGAUGGACCGUGCACUACACUGCUCCGUGGCACCAGCAGGAGAAUGUGUUCCUGCCUUCCUCGAGACCACCUUGUGUGGAGGACCUGCACCGACAAGCCAAGCUGAACCUCAAGUCAGUACUGAGAGAGUGUGACAAGCUGCGGCGGGAUGGCUACCGGAGCUCCCAGUAUUACUCUCAGGGCCCCACCUUCUCCUCCUCCUCCUCCUCCAGCGCCAUCUGUGGAAGUUACCAGGACGAUUAUGAAGAAAUUGAGCAAAAGUGUCCCGUCUCUUCCCCCGAAGAAGAAAAGCUUAUUACCAUCAAAAGGCCUAAAACUCCAGUUUCAAAUGAGUUAUCAGAUAUCAACACCCAAACCAACUGGACCAAGUCCCUCCCACUGCCAACGCCCGAAGAGAAAAUGCGACAGCAAGCACAGGCCGUCCAGACAGAUGUGGUUCCUAUUAAUGUGACUGGGGAGAAUUUCGACCGCCAAGCCAGCAUUCGGCGGUCUCUAAUUUACACAGACACGGUGGUAAGACGGCCGAAGAAAGUCAAAAGGAGAAAGACUAUUACAGGAAUCCCUGACAACAUACAAAAGGAGCUAGUUGGCAGUGGCCAAAGUGAUUUCCGAGGGCAUUCCAUGUAUGUCCCGGAUCACUGCUCCACGCUGGGGAGACUGGACAGCUAUCGCUCCGCCAUGCAGCGCUCCGAAACCAAGGACACCAGCUGCCAGACGGAGGAAAUCAAAGUUGUGCCCCCUUCAAUGAGGAGGAUACGGGCGCAGAAAGGACAAGGCAUCGCAGCCCAGAUGUCUCAGUUCUCCAGCUCCUCUGGAAACAUGUCGGUGAUGAGCGAUUCCGCCGCCGUGAUAUUUGCUUCACGCCAAAAUAGCGACAUGGGGUUUCACAGCUUGCCUCGGGCCGGUGCCAGGGUGUCUCUGCACUCCCUAGAGCAGACCCAGAGCAUCUCUAGGCAGGCAGAAGACAUGGCUGGCACUUUACCCCACCAGCUAAGUAAAUUGCAAGUGGAUGAGAAUGUUGUGCACCUGAGGAAUAACCCCACCACGGGGACCCUGUCGAGGCCAAAGUCUCAAGAGGUGAGAAGCUACGAGAGCGAAAAGUCCGCCGGCCCAGCGUGCGUGGUCUCUCCUCAUGCCACCUACUCAACCAGCAUCAUCCCCAACGCCACGCUGUCGUCCUCCUCAGAAGUUAUUGUAAUUCACACUGCCCAGAGCCUUGGAUCGUUGGACAGCAAAAGUACCAGCUCCUCUGCCUACCCAAAGCCAAGGGACAAUCCUGUGGCCAGCGGUGCAGUAAGUGGGAAGGAAGAUCACCAUUCCUCAAGCGGUAACUGGAGCGAGAGCAGCUCCACGCGUCACUCACAGACCUCAGAUACCAUCCCAUCCAACGCUGCCAUGAUACUUUCUCUUGGUGACUCCGCCGUCUCUCUUAGCACUCCUGGAAACCCAGAGGCUGGGUCUCAAAGCGGGAGCUACAGCUGCAGGAACAAUCUGGCUUUGCCAAACCCUUCCCAGGACAGCAGCGAUGGUAGGAGUGAAUCCAGCUACUCUGGGGAGCGAGCCCAAGCAGCGGCCACCAGCGCAGAGCAUUGGCUCUACAAGUCUGCAGAAAACAACGAGACUCCUUCACGCAAGGUGGUUUGUACCCCACCGGGCUGUGCCACUCCAGGGAGCAACCUGAGCAGCAGCAGCUUGGAGAGGACUUCGGUCAGGGACGAUUCUGCUUCUCUCUAUUCUGUGGACCACGAUGGUUAUUACAGUUCCAUGCAUACGGACUCCGGGCUGAAGUCAGACGUGCCGUGCAAUAGCACGAAUGGCUUUGGGAACCCCAGAGACAGCGUGAUAAACGUCUUUGAAGGAAAGGAGAAGAAACAUCAGGAUGACCAGUCAGGCCAAGGUGACAAAUCCCUCGCAAGAAACAUCUCUCUGAAAAAGGCAAAGAAGCCGCCUUUGCCACCAUCCAGAACAGACUCGCUCCGGAGGGUGCCCAAGAAGAAAGCCCAGUCCAACGGGCAGGUACUCGAUGAAACCCUCAUCGCCACCCUCCAGCACUCUCUGCAGUUGAACCUCAAGUGCAAGAACGGCAGCUCCCCUUCCCAGAGCCCCUGCAGCGAUUACGAGGAUCCCUGGGUGCUGCGCUCCCGCAGCCAGAGCUCGGUCAGCGCCAGCAGCAGCAUGAUGUCCACCACGGCUCCAAACCUCUACUCCAUCUGCACCGUCACUCCCUCUCAGAGCGAAACCAGCAGCAUCAAGUCGGAGUACGCUGACCAGUGGGGCUACUACAGCGACUACGCGGCGGUGGCGGAUGACCAGGUGAAGUCCCCCGUGACCCCUUCCGCCAGCACGUCGUCUGCUCUCAGCGAUUACAGCGGGAGCCACUUCAGUGAUGGCUCAAGGGCUUCUGUGCCACAAGUGCCCACUGGACUGGCCAAACCAAAGAGUGCUUCUCCGGAGAAAUCCCACCGAGUCACAUCGCCGUCGAGUGGGUACUCCAGCCAGUCCAACACACCCACUGCGCUUACUCCAGUGCCUGUGCUUUUAAAAUCCUCAUCCUCGGGAAAUGGGAAAUCCAAGCUGAAGCCUAAAGUGCCUGAGAGGAAAUCCUCUCUUCUGUCUUCAGUCUCCAUGUCUUCAUCCUCCCCUCCUCCAGCAGAAGUCAUGGACCUGUCACCAUUGCCAGCCUCUCCCACCUUCCCCCCUCCUCCGCCAGAAGCUGAUGUAAGUUCUUCCUUUGCCCAGACUGUCCCAUGGUUUCCACAAGAAGCCUCCAUCGGUUCGUUCGCUUCCCCGGUUCUCCCUCCUUCUACUUUCCCCUUAGCUGUCCCGCCACCAGCACCACCUCUGGAUCCCAAACUAACAAAAGGUGCAACGAUACACCCACAGUAUUCUUUUAAAAAGCGUGGUAACCAGGAAGAUGCUUGCUACAGCCCAGCGAAACAGCCACUCAACAAGCAAGACGCAUCGAGACCCGUGAUGCCCUUAGUAACUACCAAAGCUUUGCAAAUGGUGCAGCUGAGGUCUGUGAGAAAAGCCACGGAAGGUGAGCCAUCACCUGAAUCUGCUUCUGAAAGCCUCUCUCAGGAAAAGGGUACUGUCAAUUCCUCCUCGCAGCCUUCCCUGAAGCCAUCUCUCUCACUGAGACUCAGUCACAGCUUCAGCGAAGAGGAAAUGAAAACUCAAGGUACUUCAUUUAAAAACUCAGUUCAGACCCUGGCUCGGGGCUCUCCUCUCGUUCUCUCUGAUGAUGUACCUGCACUUGAGAGCCAUCAAAAGCCUGCGAGCGCGGUAGGUCUGAACAAGUCUUUGGAAGCUGCUUCGCUGGGGACACCUACUGAAGACACACCUGAGUCCCCAGGGCAGGGCGAAGACCUCCGUGCUUCUGGCACGUCACCUCAGGGGUCACCAGCAUCCCCCGACAAGGCUCAGGUUGUAUUGCUGAGCAAGAAGCCACCUCCUAUUUCCAAGAAACCCAAACUGUUCCUCGUCGUGCCACCUCCACAAUUAGAUCUUGCGGCAGCGGAGAAAAUAGCCGAAGGGGGUGAUCCUGCCAGAAGUACAUCGAGCCCAACGAAGAGAGAGGCUGUGCUCGCACACUGCAAGGAGGCGAGGAACUGUCUUACAGAUGGACUCAGUUCUGGCGAGAUGGACUCUGGCAGCCUGGUUCCUGAGGGAGGAGGAGCUGCCGGAUUCACCUUCUCGGAGCCAGCGGGAGCUCCUGCCUUUGUGGUACAGCCUGCUGCAUCACCAGUGCAAGAAGAAGCCAGGCAGGAGGAGCAGCCUGCCUUUGAUGAAGGAAGCAGCUCGGGCAGCAGCCAGGACGGCGGCAGUAACGCCGACGGGCACCUGUCUCAGGAGAACGAAAGUGGUGAGUCUCCUUUCUCCUGCGAGGAGGCGAGGAACUGUCUUACAGAUGGACUCAGCUCUGGCGAGAUGGACUCUGGCAGCCUGGUUCCUGAGGGAGGAGGAGCUGCCGGAUUCACCUUCUCGGAGCCAGCGGGAGCUCCUGCCUUUGUGGUACAGCCUGCUGCAUCACCAGCUCAAGAAGAAGCAGCCAGGCAGGAGGAGCAGCCUGCCUUUGAUGAAGGAAGCAGCUCGGGCAGCAGCCAGGACGGCGGCAGUAACGCCGACGGGCACCUGUCUCAGGAGAACGAAAGUGGUGAGUCUCCUUUCUCCAGCUUUUCUUCUUCUUCGAAAUCCUCAUCCUCGGGAAAUGGGAAAUCCAAGCUGAAGCCUAAAGUGCCUGAGAGGAAAUCCUCUCUUCUGUCUUCAGUCUCCAUGUCUUCAUCCUCCACUUCUCUUUCUUCGAAUACAUCUACUGAAGGGAGCGUGAGCGUGAAGAAACUGGACCCCACCCUGAGCUCUCCUGUGGAUUCUGCUGCUUCGCUGGGGACACCUACUGAAGACACACCUGAGUCCCCAGGGCAGGGCGAAGACCUCCGUGCUUCUGGCACGUCACCUCAGGGGUCACCAGCAUCCCCCGACAAGGCUCAGGUUGUAUUGCUGAGCAAGAAGCCACCUCCUAUUUCCAAGAAACCCAAACUGUUCCUCGUCGUGCCACCUCCACAAUUAGAUCUUGCGGCAGCGGAGAAAAUAGCCGAAGGGGGUGAUCCUGCCAGAAGUACAUCGAGCCCAACGAAGAGAGAGGCUGUGCUCGCACACUGCAAGGAGGCGAGGAACUGUCUUACAGAUGGACUCAGCUCUGGCGAGAUGGACUCUGGCAGCCUGGUUCCUGAGGGAGGAGGAGCUGCCGGAUUCACCUUCUCGGAGCCAGCGGGAGCUCCUGCCUUUGUGGUACAGCCUGCUGCAUCACCAGCUCAAGAAGAAGCAGCCAGGCAGGAGGAGCAGCCUGCCUUUGAUGAAGGAAGCAGCUCGGGCAGCAGCCAGGACGGCGGCAGUAACGCCGACGGGCACCUGUCUCAGGAGAACGAAAGUGUGGAGGUGUUGGAGGCAGAGGCAGCAAACAGCACCUUCCUGCCCGGCAAUGGUUAUGGGGAGGAGACGGACGGAGUGGCCACACCAGCGAGACCAAGGACUACUGAGGAUCUUUUUGCAGCCAUUCACAGAUCCAAAAGGAAAGUCCUUGGCCGUAAAGACUCGGAAGACGAGCGUACCCGCAACCAUUCUCCGUCGCCCCCCGUAACUCCCACCGGUGCUUCCCCCACUUUGGCCACCCUCCGACAAGCCGGGUCCAUCCAGAGGAGCGUCCGCAAGAGCAGCACCAGCAACGACAACUUCAAAGCCCUUCUGCUGAAGAAAGGGAGCCGUUGUGACACCAGCUCCCGCAUGUCCGCCGCCGAGAUGUUGAAGAACACGGACCCGCGGUUCCACCGACCGAAGGCGGAGGCUUCUCCGGACCUUUCCGACAGCCCCACCACCUGCUCGCCCAGCAAGAACAAACGGGCCCAGGAAGAGUGGGCCAAGAGCGAGGGCUUGAUGCCAAGGAGCAUGUCCUUCUCUGGAACCAGGUACGGACGGUCGCGAACCCCUCCCUCGGCGGCCAGCAGCAAGUACAACGUCCGCAACCGCAUCCAGAGCAGCCCCAUGACCGUCAUUAGCGAAGGAGACGGGGAAGCGGUGGAGCAGUCGGAGGGCAGGGGCCGAAGGACUUCGGAAGAGCAUCAGGAGAGGCAGCUGGAUGUGUUUACCAGUGAGGAGAUGGACAUGAGUGACUUUCCGUACGCCGAGGAGGCAGGCUGCAAGGAGACCUUGGAUCCAACCCACCUAGACUUAAUGACUCAACCGGGUGCUUCAAGGAAGUAUCUAAGCCCUUCAGCGGAAGAAAGUUAAAAAGGGGGUGACAAAAGGCGUUGGAUAUUAAAGUCUGGAAAAUGACAGAGGACUAGAUUCCAGAAGAAAGCCCAGACCAGGACAAGUUGACUUUGCUGAGCAUUUAUUCCAUGAACUGCAUGUGCGUGGUUAAAUGCCAGAGCAAGGCUAGUCCUGCAGGGGUGGGGUGGGAGGGGAGGACAGGACUGCCUUGGAAUGAGCGGUCUGCGGCUUCAAGAAAGUUAACACUUGCUUUUAUUUUUAUUUUUUUUUUGGUGUAAAGCCUUAGAAGUCCUCUUGGGGGAGGGGGGGAGUUUUCUCAGAGCCUGUUAGGGGUGUGAAGUUUUUCUGUUUUCUUGAGACUGCAAUCGUGCAGGCAAAAAAUGAGGAAUAAGCCUGAAAAAAAAGAAGAAAAAAAUUAAAAAAAAAAAGAGGAAGGGGAAGGCUCCCGUGGUACAAGCUGGACGUUUGCUUCCCAAAGCGUUGGAGUGAACGGUGCAGGGUAGGGAGGUGGGUGGUGAAGCAGAGAGAGGCAGGAUGGGGGUGCGUUCACCUACGAGAAGGUGGUAGGGUUGGUGUUGGGGUGACAUGGCUCAUUACUGGGGGUGACAUGGCUUUAUUAAUUACUGGAGCACGCCCCAGUGGCAGAAGAAGUGCGUCCUGCUGAAGCAAUUAGGUCGCCAGGUUAUGAAUUGGUCCAGGGUGCUUUUUCUUUAUAUGAUUAAUUUUAUUUUUUGUUUUUUUUUUCCUGAGGGAAAAUGAAAUGGGUAAUUAAGGUGGGAAGGGGAGCUGAGUUUGAUACCGCAGGACUAGCUGCUGUGCAGCCACACGCCCAGGGAAGUCCUCGUUUCCAAAUAAACAGGCUCCCUGGACUCAAAAAAAGCAAUUCUCUCAGAGAAGCGGAGCGGCUGGAUGUGUGCGGGGAGGAUGCGAGAGAGAAGCAGGAGAGGAACUGAGCAGCGAGCUUGCCCGAGUUGUGGGAAGGGUUAAAAAAACGUUUCUGGGUUAGAAAGCCACGUUUUUUUUUGGACUUUGAGAAGAACUUGCACUAGGGAGCUGUAGGUGGAGCUUGUCUUUUCAAUAUUGAAACCCGGGAGUUGUGUUUUGCCAGGAAUCUUUCUCCCCGUUUGUCAAAAUGGGAAGAUGAUUACUUUUCCAUCACUUGAAAUACAGAUACUUGCUAACUUUUGGUUACCAAAGAAUAAGUUACUUUUCCUUUUUGAUUUGCCUGCAGUAUUUCUCUUCUUUUUUUUUUUUUUUUUAACCUUAAUAAUUUAGCGAGGUUGGUUUUUAUUGUAUAUUUUACAGAUAAUAAAAAACAUUUAACGGUUUUCCAAUUGUAAAGAAGACCAUUAAUUAAAACUUAAAUAUUGGCUGGAGUUCUUGGUUCUUAGUAGGAAUGAAGCUUUUCAUUUUUAAGAAGAAUUUUGCAUCUUUUGAUGGCGUGCGCAGUUUUUUGUAUUGUUUGUAAAUAUUGAAAGUUGUUAAAAUAUCUUUUGAUCUCCCUACCUUAGAAUUUAUACAUUUUUAGAUUGCUUUUAAGAAGGAAAAGCACUCUUUGUAGAUUAUUUAUUUUAGAGAAAUAUGCUUGUAAUCUCUUUCUUCAAUCCUUUCCUUGUUAGUAAUGUAAAUUUCAGGGGCCUUUGUUUUAACUCUUCCCGUCAGGAGAGGGGAAUAGUGAUGAAAAUGCUGUGACUUUGCUUCAAUAAAGAAAAAGGCUGCCAGUUGCCA